GCAAACAGUGAGUGCUCGUAGGGUCGGCAGAUUUGAGCGUGGAGGCGGUAGUCAUAUGAACACGACUAUGGUCGUGGAGCUGCGGUGCUCGUACACACAUUUGCUCAGCAGACUACAAGCGUCCCUUGGCGGCCCCAGCGGAGGAUAUCAUGUAAGAGCAGCGCCGACGGGCUCAAGCCCGCUUGAACCCGACAGGCACUGACGUCGUGGGAGGGACGGGAACUAGAGCGCAUCUGGAGUCCAUUGGUUUGUUCGAAGGACAUCAGACCAGAGUGUGGCCGAUCAUACCGCACGGUCAGGCGACAUUUCGGGUUGCCAGAUGCUGAACAAUGCGACUAAGCGGGUGAGGAACGAGACAGCGGAGUCUUGGAGGCCCGAGGUUUGAUUCUCAUAUACGUGACGCACCCCAAUAAGACGUGACCACGGCUGGGUACAGCCAUAAUCUCGUCAGAGACGUCGGGCGGUACAUGCUACAACAGUACACGGCAGGCUGUUGCGCAGGCCGCGGCCCGUCACGCGUUUCUGGUGCUUGCUUCGAGCUGCGGGCAGGACGGGGCGGUUUGCGGCAAAUGUAGUAAGAUGGCGGCCCCAAUUCCGCGUGGCAAUCGUCGUCCGGCUACACUUGCAUCCGGGCAAUACUUAUACCUACAUCUCGACUGCCGGUCGAGUCUCCUCCGACACCCUCCUCCGACUAUCCGCCUGGCCUCAUAGUACCCGCGAAGUCGCACAUCGUCCUCGCUCGGGAUGGCUGUCUUUCGCGCUCUAGGCGACACUCUAUGCACGUCCUGAGAUCGGAAUGCGGGGGGAGCUCAGGGGUGAUAUACGCUUGCAGCGGACGUAUCUGGCAUUCCACACGCGCAGAUGGUGUACAGCAUCAAGCGGUACAGCACCCGCGUCGUCUUGCAGUGUCACGCCAAACUCAUCGGCUGGCCCGACGACAUCGUCUUCGACAACUUAAGUCGCAUCACGGGCAAGGAGCGCAUCUUGCGCCUCCUCGAGCUCUGGAAGAGCGGUGCCAUGUGCUUCGUGCCGAUCACGGACCCAGCGGAGCUCGACGCGGCGAGGAAGGAUCCUCUGUCGGUCGCGCCGGCUCUCCUCCAUCGUGGCAUCCCGCCAAAGCGUCACCGCAUCGAGGCACUCCCGGGACGGACCGAAGUCGGCGGAGAGGGUGACGGAUGAGGCGGAGGCGAUGGCGGAGCUGGAGGGAGGUGUCACCGAGCUGACUGACAUGCAGCUUGUGCUGCUCAGGCUCUCUCGCCUGCCGCUGGUGUGGCCGGAGCUUGGGAUGUAGACGUCUGGGAAGCUUAGACUGUGUUGUGCACGCAUAUACGGCCCGAAACGGUUGUUUUCAUUACUCGAGGAAGCUGCCGCAGCCAGGGAAGUGGGCGGACGACGGG